AUGUUAGCCGCGGCGGUAUGCUUAUAUAUUCUCGUCAAGUCAGGCGAUUCGUGCGCCGGUCUGGCCUCCAGAUGUGGCAUCUCGGGAGCAAACUUGACCAAGUAUAACCCAAGCUCUACGCUUUGCUCGACCCUCAAAGUGGGAGAACCGGUAUGCUGUUCAUCUGGCUCUCUGUCUAACCUCACUCCUCGGAAGAACACAGAUGGCACCUGCGCCAGCUAUACGGUCAAGAGCGGAGAUCACUGUGCUCUCAUUGCCCAGAACAACUACAUUACCGCUGACAACAUUGAGAUGUGGGCUGGCUUGACGCCCACGACGACUUCUGCUGGCCCGACCCUAACUGCCUCCUGGACCAUUGUCAUCUACAGCGAGCCCGACUGUGCCGGCGACUAUUAUUCUGUCGAGGGCUACAACCUUGACUCUCCCGACGAUGAGUGCCUCGUCCUCCGUGGCGGCGGCAUCCCCACGACGUCCGAUACGGGUACAACGUGUCGGUGGUUUACCAAUGGAGGCUUCGACUGGGAUGAUUGCAGCACCAGUACCCUGACACAGCCCCUUUCUUGGAGCGUCUUGGGCGGCGUCUGCACCGCGUACGACACGGACACUUGCACAGACGACGGCAACGCGGACGCAUAUGACCCUGCCCAGGGCUGCCACAACCACAGUGCUUCCAAUCUCGACACCAAGACGUGGGUUUCUCUGCAGUGCGGCGCCCAGCCUGCCAUUGGCGAUGGCGAAUUGUUCAAGAAACCCCUGCAGAUAGUCAACUCCCCCAUUGUUGUCAAUGGCAAGGGAUCAAAGGGCAAUUAUACUUCGGUGAUGACCAAGCCGAUAGACCCUACGCUGCACAAAGCCUAUCGAUUUCACCCGAAACCAACCCCUACAGGCCGUCCAUGA